GUUGACGACAGAACCCAGUGUAAGCACGCGUUACACUGUGAAAGUGAAAGUAAGUAAGGAGUCGAAGGACAGAGGAGACAUUACUUCAUUUCAUUCACGGCCGCCUGGUGAUGAGCUUAUAUGGUAUGACAACAUGGCCUUCCCAGUUACCCUCUUCUUGAUUACGCUUGUUAACGUAUGCGUCAUUGCAGAAAAUGCACAGAAUGCAUUUGUCAAGGUUGUAUGCAAGCCUCAAAACGUGGGACAAUAUGGCCAGCAGUCUCUGCUAGAAUGCGUUGUCCAAACCACCCACGAGGUUGCAGACGCAGAGAUCCGAACUGUCUCUUGGAGGAAAGAGGGAGUGGAGAAACCAUUAUUGGUUUUCUACAAAGGAAAAGUUAUGCAGCAGCCGGGCUACAGGAUGGCUCAGCCAUCCUGGAAUAAAAAGGACAUGAACGUGUCCCUGCUCAUUGCUAAUGCUACACUGGCAGAUGGUGGAGAUUAUUCAUGCACAGUGAUAACAAACUCUGGUGAUGGGGAAUUCCAGACCAGCCUCAAAGUCACAGCCAAAUAUGGUAAACCUGUUGUACACUCCAUCCCUGAGAAAAUCACUGGAAAUGCAGAUGCUGCCCUGGUAUGUGACGUGGAUGGCGGAUACCCAGAAGGUAGAAUUCGCUGGUUUGUUGAGGGCAACACGGACUGGACAAAAAGCUCUAAACUGGAGGCACGAAAAGCACAAGGUGGUCUGUUUCACCUCUCCAGCACGUUGACUUUGUCACGUGGAUCCAUUUUCUCCAAGUAUACCUGUGUUGUCUUCAACGCCACUGGAGGCAAAGAGGCUGAGACUAUAUUCAAUUUAGACGACCUGCCAGCAUCGGAAGAGCUAGGAAGUAACGGCUUGGAUGCAGCCUCCAAAAUCAUUGCUCCCGUGGUGGUGAUUGGAUCGCUGAUUGUGGGAUUGCUGUUGUUGCUGGUAUUCCGUUGUCGAAAGCGAUCUCGAGAGGCCCGGAGGCAGUCAACAACUCCCCUUAUGAGUCCUCAUCAGGGUGAUAAUAGGUUUGAACCAGGUGUUGAAGAAGGUCUUACUCAAGAGAUGGAUACGAGCCAGAAAAGCAGCUGAGGAUAUAAUUCACCUGUAUGUGCCAGCUUACUGGUAACAACUGAAAUCAACACUUCCUUGUUGUUAUGAACUCCAUUCUGAUUAUACUCAUCCUACUGCAAACCAUGUAACCAGGGAUAACUUGUAUUACUGUGAUUGUGAAGUUAACUCUUCUGAUAUAAAUGAAAAAUAUAAAACAAAGCCAUCUGAUUCUGUAUCAGUGACAAUUUUAUUAAGCCAUGGAAUUGAGGCUGAGCUUGACAACAUCAUCAGCUGCAAGAAUGGUAGUUUUAGGAUGGAACGGAGUGUCUAAGUCUGUGUUGGUCGUUGUUUUGCCCACACUGACUGUAGGUCGCCACAGACACUUAAACUUUAACUUCUAAAAUGAUGUAAUGAUUUACUGUGGAUUCAUGGUCCAAAAAAAAGGCAGCACGUGCAUGUUUGUCUAAAUGAAAGUGAUGAAGCUUGCUGUUCUGACUGGAUGGUUUUUAGUUGUUGUUUUUAUAUGCCAUAUGUGCUCAAUAAUUAACCAAAGAUUACUGACAUUUUUUCCAUGAAAGGCUAUUUUUCCUUCUACUGAGAUCAAAUAUAAAGUUGAACUUUAAAAUAAAUAAAUACAUUUUGUGUAAGAUACUUCUACGAAUGAUGUGUAUAUACUCUUAAAUAGGUAACACGUGUAGACACAAGUCAUCUAGAAUGAAUAUCUUGUGUUGUUCAGCUGAGUCAUUGUUAAUCACUAGAUGGGUCCACUUCCUAAGUAAAGAAUCAUCACGCUUUAGUGAAAUAUUGUAAUCUUGAGAUCACAUUGUAUAUCACCAGCCAGAUAUUUCACAGGGUUUUCAAGGGUUUUUCCCAGGUCUGUGGUCAAUCUAACAUCAGCCUCUGCAAAUGUCAUAUCCCUUAUUUUAAACCACUGAAAAAGUAGCUGCUUCUUCUUCUUCUUCUUCUUCCUCCUCCGUGUCUCUGACAUGAUUUACCAUUUGACAUUUAUACUGAUAUCAAAAAAGUAUAAAUUAAAAUCCAUAUUUUUAGGCUUUUUGGAAUACUUCAGAUCUAAGAUGUGCUAAAAAAAAGUUUUAUUGUGAGCCAAAUUUACAACCCCUAAAAAUGUCAUGACUGUGAGUUAUUCAUUGACUUAGGGGAGAAAAACAACACUUUUUUUUAGCCUUGUAAUUGAAAAAAAACAAAAAAGAAACACAAGACCUGUGAGUAGCCGCCUACUGUUUGUAUAUAGUGUAAUUACAAAUAUAUAUAAAAGACUCUGUAAGUGUGUUUUUAUAACUAAUAUGUGAGAUGAUGAAUGUGAUGUGAUGAAAGCGUUUCUUUCUGAAUGAAAGUGUUUGUUUUUGACAUGUUCAGUUUUUAAGUUGCUAGUGGAUGUUGCUGCGAUGUGAGCACACAUGUGACGUCUUGGCUGCUUCCUCUGUGGCGCUUGUCAGAUUCUCUACUCUCCCUUUUUUCUUUGUCCUCAUAAGUUUGUGACACACGUUGUUGUAGAUCUAGUUUUUGUUUUGUUUGAUGUACUAGUUUUUGUUUUGUCUUCACUCACUGCUGAUGGAAUGAUAAGAAUCGUUCCUAUCCGUCUUUACUUUCUCUUUUGUUUUGAAAAAAACCCAAAAUGUGUAAUGUUUUCUUCUCUGCCAAUGAUGGUUGUACAUUUUAAAUUUCAUCCGCAGUUUAGAUGAAUAUUACUAAUUCCUUUUUGUAUUAUUUGUCAUAAAAAAAUAAUUUUACACUAAA